AUGGACAAAGAUUGCGACAUGGUAUAUAAGAAUAUUUCUGACAUAUAUAAAUCUGAAGAAUUUAAGACCUACGACAACUUUGUUUCGUUAGUUGCAGAAUGUGUAUGGCAGAUAAGAGAUAAAGAUAGAAGAGGUAAGGUAUGGAAUGAACAAAUAAGACCCGCUAUGUUUGAGUUAAAGAAAACCAUUGACGCCUUGGUUGUUUUAGCAGGUAAGGUUUCAGAAUAUAACGCAAAAAUGAACCCACAAUGUUCUAAAUGUAAAGCAGCAAUGAGGAAAUAUAACUACUCCGUCAAAGAGAUAGAAAGAAUGCGAAACGACUAUGCAGACUUAAAGAAAGAAGCAGAAAAGCCAGCAGAAGAUAAAAUGAACAUGUUAGAAUUUCUUAAUAAAAAUUAUCCAACAGCAGAAGAUUUCCUUCUAUCUGACGUCAAGAAGAAGUAUAAAGAAACUUUCGGCAUUGUUAAAACAUUCGAUGUACUGACAGAAGAAAUAGAAGCUACGAAAUUGUUUAGAAUUUCAAAUAUACAUCGUACAAUUCAUGUGAAACGCUUGUGA